AUGAAAAAAGUCUUGGUAACACUUCUUAUAAUUGCAGUAGCUAAUGCAAUUGAAGUAGAAAUGAAAGCAUAAGAUUUGAAAACUCGAGAAAGAAGUAAUUCAGUUUAAAUAUAUCAAGGCUUGAGUUUUUAGGAGGCCAAUGAUAUUAAUACAAUGAAGUUUACAUGCUAAAUGGGAUUUGAUUUCUAUGAUUACACUAUCAUUGAGUUAUCUAAGUGGGCUGAUAUUAUAGAGCAUAGGGAUUAAUUGUAAAAGGAUAUCACAAUAAUUGACCAAAUCGUUAGAUUGGUUGGCAAAGCAAAGCAUAUUGACGAUGCCUAAUAAUAAAGUAAGUAUUGUAAUAAUUUAGAAAUGUUCGUUCAAAUUACAGGAAGUCUAUAAAAUUCAUUAUUAGAUAUGACGCUUGCUUAAUUAAAUCAUUAAUGGGCAAGAGGAAAUCUAGAUCAAUGUAUUGAAUAUAUGAGAUAAUUCUAAAAAACUGAAAGCUAUGAUGAGCGUGUUGCUAUGGCAAAUAAAAUUGAAGAUUAUUUAUAGAACAUUAGGUAUUAAAUAAAUAGAAAUUUAAAUGAAUGCUCUUAAUAUCAAUAACCUACAAAUAUGAGACAAAAGAUAAGAGAUUUAUAAAUGAAAAAAAGAGAAUGUUAAUCAAAUGAAAAUAGAAAUGAUAGUUGGGAUAACAGUAAUUAACAAGAAUAUGAAUAAAACUGGCAAUAUCCAUAAAACAAAGGUUCAACCCAGUAACAAGAACUCCCAAAAAUUUAAGCUAAUCGGAUUGAAUCAUAAGGCCAGUAACCAAUUUUUUAUGAUGAUGACAAAGUUUGUCCAUAAGGGGAAGAAGAUGAUACACCAUAAAAUAUUAGCGAAGAACAAAGCGAUGAUUAUUUAGAAAAUAAUAUUUAAGAAGAGUCAGAAGAAUCUGGGAUUGAGUUAGAACCAAACCCAGAUAGUAAUAAAAUUAUGGGAGAGGAAGAAGAUUUAAAUUUGAGUAAUGAUUCUAAAAAAAAAGAACCACGAGAAAUCAUUGUAGAAAGGGAAUUUGGGCCAGAUUCUGAUCAUCAAAAUAAUUAUGAUGAACCUGAGGAAUGCAUUAGUAGUGAGGAAACUAAAUUAGAAUAAGAUGAAAGUGUAAAUAAUGAUUCUGAAAAACCUCAGUAAGAAAAAGAUGUCACAAAACCUUUGAUACAAUAAGAUGAAAAGCCAGAAGAAUAGAAAUAAAUAACAGAAAAUAAUGAGGAGAAAAAAGAAGAAAGUGGAGAAGAGGAAAAAGAAGAUGAAAAAGAUAAAGAAAAAGAAGAAUAAGAAAAGGAUAAAGAUGAAAAACAAGAUCAAACUAAAAAUAAAAAUCUUCCUUUAGACAUUCCUCCAGAGGAUGAUGAAGAAGCUGUCGAAGGUGAAGUUGUCAAAACAGAGGGAAUAGGAGCUUCUUCGGAUGGCAGAAUAGGAUAAUAAUAGAAUAAUAAAUAAACUUAGGAAUAAAAAAGUAUCAAAGAUGAAAAAGAAAAGGAAAGUGAUAAGACUAAAUCCGAAAAUAAGAGUUAAGAUAAUGAUAUAACUAAAAAUUAAAAAUAAAAUAAAGCUACUUAAAAUAAUGAUGAUGAAGGUGAAGAAGAUAUUUAUGAAUAAGUAGAAGUAGAAGAACCUGAUGGUAAAGGAGGAGUCAGAAAAGUAAAAAAAAUGGUUAAAAGAAGAGUGAAAAAGACUAAAAAGGUAAUUGGAUAAAAGAGUGGAUCUUAAUAAUCGAGUACUACAAGUUCUUAAAAAAGUACAAGUUCUUAAACCAGUACAAGUUAAUCAAAAUAAACAUCAGGAAGUAGUUCAUCAACUUAAAACUAAAAAGACACAAAAGUAAAGGAAGGUGAUUAGCUUUAAUAAGGAAAUAAAGGUUAAAAUGAAAGCUAAGCUGAAAAUUAAUAAUAAAAUAAAGCUACUUAAAAUAAUGAUGAUGAAGGUGAAGAAGAUAUUUAUGAAUAAGUAGAAGUAGAAGAACCUGAUGGUAAAGGAGGAGUCAGAAAAGUAAAAAAAAUGGUUAAAAGAAGAGUGAAAAAGACUAAAAAGGUAAUUGGAUAAAAGAGUGGAUCUUAAUAAUCGAGUACUACAAGUUCUUAAAAAAGUACAAGUUCUUAAACCAGUACAAGUUAAUCAAAAUAAACAUCAGGAAGUAGUUCAUCAACUUAAAACUAAAAAGACACAAAAGUAAAGGAAGGUGAUUAGCUUUAAUAAGGAAAUAAAGGUUAAAAUGAAAGCUAAGCUGAAAAUUAAUAAUAAAAUAAAGCUACUUAAAAUAAUGAUGAUGAAGGUGAAGAAGAUAUUUAUGAAUAAGUAGAAGUAGAAGAACCUGAUGGUAAANUAAAGGUUAAGGUAAUGGUUAAACUAGCAAUGAUGCAGGUGAAGAAGAUAUUUAUGAAGAAGUAGAAAUAGUUGAACCAGAUGGGAAAGGAGGAUUUAAAAGAAUCAAAUAAAUGGUUAAAAGAAGAGUGAAAAAGACUAAAAAGAUAAUAGGAUAAACCAGCGGAUCUUAAUCUUCAAGCACUACAAGUUCUUAACAAAGUACAAGUUUAUCAAAAUAAACCUCAGGAAGUAGUUCAUCAACUUAAAACUAAAAAGACACAAAAGUAAAGGAAGGUGAUUUGCUUUAAUAAGGAAAUAAAGGUUAAGGUAAUGGUUAAACUAGCAAUGAUGCAGGUGAAGAAGAUAUUUAUGAAGAAGUAGAAAUAGUUGAACCAGAUGGGAAAGGAGGAUUUAAAAGAAUCAAAUAAAUGGUUAAAAGAAGAGUGAAAAAGACUAAAAAGAUAAUAGGAUAAACCAGCGGAUCUUAAUCUUCAAGCACUACAAGUUCUUAACAAAGUACAAGUUUAUCAAAAUAAACCUCAGGAAGUAGUUCAUCAACUUAAAACUAAAAAGACACAAAAGUAAAGGAAGGUGAUUUGCUUUAAUAAGGAAAUAAAGGUUAAGGUAAUGGUUAAACUAGCAAUGAUGCAGGUGAAGAAGAUAUUUAUGAAGAAGUAGAAAUAGUUGAACCAGAUGGGAAAGGAGGAUUUAAAAGAAUCAAAUAAAUGGUUAAAAGAAGAGUGAAAAAGACUAAAAAGAUAAUAGGAUAAACCAGCGGAUCUUAAUCUUCAAGCACUACAAGUUCUUAACAAAGUACAAGUUUAUCAAAAUAAACCUCAGGAAGUAGUUCAUCAACUUAAAACUAAAAAGACACAAAAGUAAAGGAAGGUGAUUUGCUUUAAUAAGGAAAUAAAGGUUAAGGUAAUGGUUAAACUAGCAAUGAUGCAGGUGAAGAAGAUAUUUAUGAAGAAGUAGAAAUAGUUGAACCAGAUGGGAAAGGAGGAUUUAAAAGAAUCAAAUAAAUGGUUAAAAGAAGAGUGAAAAAGACUAAAAAGAUAAUAGGAUAAACCAGCGGAUCUUAAUCUUCAAGCACUACAAGUUCUUAACAAAGUACAAGUUUAUCAAAAUAAACCUCAGGAAGUAGUUCAUCAACUUAAAACUAAAAAGACACAAAAGUAAAGGAAGGUGAUUUGCUUUAAUAAGGAAAUAAAGGUUAAGGUAAUGGUUAAACUAGCAAUGAUGCAGGUGAAGAAGAUAUUUAUGAAGAAGUAGAAAUAGUUGAACCAGAUGGGAAAGGAGGAUUUAAAAGAAUCAAAUAAAUGGUUAAAAGAAGAGUGAAAAAGACUAAAAAGAUAAUAGGAUAAACCAGCGGAUCUUAAUCUUCAAGCACUACAAGUUCUUAACAAAGUACAAGUUUAUCAAAAUAAACCUCAGGAAGUAGUUCAUCAACUUAAAACUAAAAAGACACAAAAGUAAAGGAAGGUGAUUUGCUUUAAUAAGGAAAUAAAGGUUAAGGUAAUGGUUAAACUAGCAAUGAUGCAGGUGAAGAAGAUAUUUAUGAAGAAGUAGAAAUAGUUGAACCAGAUGGGAAAGGAGGAUUUAAAAGAAUCAAAUAAAUGGUUAAAAGAAGAGUGAAAAAGACUAAAAAGAUAAUAGGAUAAACCAGCGGAUCUUAAUCUUCAAGCACUACAAGUUCUUAACAAAGUACAAGUUUAUCAAAAUAAACCUCAGGAAGUAGUUCAUCAACUUAAAACUAAAAAGACACAAAAGUAAAGGAAGGUGAUUUGCUUUAAUAAGGAAAUAAAGGUUAAGGUAAUGGUUAAACUAGCAAUGAUGCAGGUGAAGAAGAUAUUUAUGAAGAAGUAGAAAUAGUUGAACCAGAUGGGAAAGGAGGAUUUAAAAGAAUCAAAUAAAUGGUUAAAAGAAGAGUGAAAAAGACUAAAAAGAUAAUAGGAUAAACCAGCGGAUCUUAAUCUUCAAGCACUACAAGUUCUUAACAAAGUACAAGUUUAUCAAAAUAAACCUCAGGAAGUAGUUCAUCAACUUAAAACUAAAAAGACACAAAAGUAAAGGAAGGUGAUUUGCUUUAAUAAGGAAAUAAAGGUUAAGGUAAUGGUUAAACUAGCAAUGAUGCAGGUGAAGAAGAUAUUUAUGAAGAAGUAGAAAUAGUUGAACCAGAUGGGAAGGGAGGAUUCAAAAGAAUCAAAUAAAUGGUAAGAAAAAGAGUUUAAAUAACAAAAAAGAAAACUGAAGGAUCUGGAUCAACAUCAUCAUCAAGUUCCUCAAGAUCAUCUAGCUCCUCAAGCUCUUCUAUCUCAUCAACCUCUACUAGUUCAUCAAGUUCUUCUGUUUCAUCAAGCAAGAAUAUUUCUGGAAGUACUUAAAAAUCUACAGACUAAGCGGCUUAAAGUAAACAGAAGGUAAGUCAAUCUGUAGCUGACAGAUUAACUUCAAAAUAUUCUGAAGCUGAGUAAAAAGAACAAGGAUAGAUUUCAAGCAGCUCGAAAAAUUAGUAAGUUAUUUCUGGUGGAUAAAGCAGAAGUAGCACUUAAAAAGAAAGUGUAAGUAGUAAUAGUUAGGGCUAAAAAUCUGCUUAAAGUUAGACUACCAAGCAAUCAUCAUCGAGCAAUAAAUAAUCUUAGGCCUAAGGAUAAAAUACCAGUAAAUCAAAUAAGAAGGUUGUGAAAACUGAGGAUGGAGAGGAAAUAUGGGAAGAAAUUUCUGUAGAGGAAGUGACUGAAUACACGAUAGAUUCUGAUGGAAAUACCAAUAUUAUCUCUUAAACAAGCACAUAAAUUCCAAAAACAAAAUCCUACUUUUUAAACUCAAUUGGAGAUUAACAAAUCAAUCUUGAUAUUGAAUAAAAUGAUGAUAAUGGCUCAUAAAUUUCAUUAGAAAAAGCGCAAAAUGAAUCUUUUUCUAAUGAAGAUUCAAUAAACAAUCAAGAUGAUUCAAACUAUGAUUAUCUUUACGAAAAAGAUGGAGAUAAUUAAGAUGAAACUCAAUAAAUUAAUGAAGUCUAAUCAGAAAAUGAACUUGACAAUUAUGAAUAAUAGAAUAGAGAAAUAACUAAAGAUCUUUUAUUAGAUAACGAAUAGGAUUAUAUCUAUUAUCAAAUAGAUGGAGAUCAAGUAAUUUAUUAUGAAUACGAUCCUUAAAUGAAUGCUUACCAUCGAGUAAAUAUGAUUGAUCCAGAAUAAAAAAAAUCUCUUAUCAUCUAAGAUUCUUAAUUUGAUGAUUUAUUGGAUAGUGUUAUAGAUGAGUAAAUAGAUUAAAAAACUUUGCCAACAGAAUAGAUAACUGGAUAAGAAACACAAAAUAAAUAAGAUCAAAAAAACUAAUAAAAUUAAUAGAAAUAAGAGGAUCCAAAAAAAAGUGCUGGGAAUAUUUCGAAUAAUUAAGAAGAAUCUAGCAAUUAAGUUAAACCUAAUGAUAAUUUAGGUCAGCCUGCUAAAACUGAAAAGCAAUAAAAUGAAUAAAGUGAUGUUUAAGUUGCAGUAGACAACUCGAAAUUAAAAGUAGAUUAAAAUACGGAGCAGGAUUAGAAUAAAGGAAAAAAUGAAUAACAAAAAGGUGAUUAGAAAAAAGAAAAUAUUGGAAAUAUUGUUAAUGAUCUCAUAAAUGAAGAAAAAUUGAAAAUAGAGGGUAUAAGUGUUGAGAAAAAACAAGUAGAAGUAAAGGAUGAUAAAGAGAAAUCUUUAAAAAUUUAAACAUUGAAAGAAGAGUUCAAUCCUAAUGAACCAACAUAGUAUGAACCACCAAAACAUAAAGUUAACACAAGGCCAAAGACAGACAAGGUCAAUGUACCAGUUUCAACAAAAUAUGUCAAAUCAUCUUAUGAUGGAGAAGUAGCCGAGUAAUAUGAAUUUGCAGAUAGAGAGCUUCUUUAGGAUUCUGAUGAAUAUGGGUAUGGAUUUUGGAUGAGAUACACUUCAAAUGAACCUAAAGUGCAUACAAGGAAACCAGAAACCUAUUAUUUUUUAUCUCGACUAACAUCAAAUCAAGAAUAUAAAGACUUAACUUACUAUGGGGACAGAACUUUAGCUGUUUUUAUAAUAGAGAAUUCUUUUGUUUUUUCAACCUAUGAUCAUUAUGAAAAGAAAAAAGUGAAAGAUUAGAUUGUGGCCCUAAAUGAAGAUUUAGAUAGCAUGUGGUUUUUUAUCUCAUUCUCUUACAGUUCAGCUAAGAAAGCAGCUGUAGGAUUUGUUUUUGGAUAUGGGGAUAAUAAUAAGGUUUUGAGGGGUGAAAUUUAAUGCAGACAUGUUCCACCUUAAUAUUUUAAACUCAUGAUUGGUGGAAAACAUAUGUCUUAUGAAGGAUUAAAUGGACAAUUUGCAAAUAUCUUUUAUGAUAUUGAUGCUCCAGCAUUUCUAGACACUGAAGCUAAAGUUAGAGAAAUCAUAAAAACUAUUUCCAAUGUUCCCUAAUAAGUUACAAAUUUAAUUGAUCUAGAAGUACUAACAACUCCAAAACUAUUUAAUGCAAAUACAGCAAGCGAUUCUGUAAUAUUAGAUCCUUAAGAGUCUUAAUUGAUUAUAGAGGAGUAUAGCGUUGCAGCAUGGUUUAGAUGGAUUGAUGACUUGAAGGUCGAUAGCGAGAAUACUUUCUAAAUCUUUAAUUUAAGAUCAAACGAAAAGAAAUCUUAAGGAAAAGGAAUAUUAGGAGACAGAUCGCUUGAAUUGCAUUACAUUUAUGGAGGAGGAUCUAAGAGUUCUGUAUACUUUAAUACUUAUACUAUUGAAGGCAAUAAAGCAAAAGGAUCAACAUACUUAUCAAAAACUGUAUAAUCUCCUAACUAUAUAUGGCAUUAUGGUUAUAUGGCUUACGAUAAUGAUAAAAUGAAAGUUUAUGGGGCUUUGAUAAGACCAGGAAAAUCUGAUGAGAUUAGUUUUGAUCCAAUUCAACACAAAUUGAUAACAAAAUUAUACUUCACUCUAGGAGGAGAUGAUUAAAUAUCCCCUUUUAAUGGGAAAAUUGGAUAUGCAGGAGUAUACUUAGGGCCAGGAUCAUAUCGACAAGCACUUAAUUUUGGUUAAUAGUUUUAAUAUGGAGAUGGUGCAAUGAAUGUAUUUUAAUUAAUGAAACCAAUAUAAUAUAAAGAUGAUGCAUUAGAACCUAAUGUAGUAAGAGAUUGUGUUUAUGAUGCUGAAAAUUCAUUAGUAGACAAGAUUCUGAUUCAUGACGACUCUAAAUUAAAAAUAAAUGGUUAAAGUGAAUAUUCUUUUGGAAUGUGGACUAGAUGGUUGAGUACAAUGCCCAAAUAUUUAGUAUAACGAGGAGAAGUUCACAAUAUUGCUAGAUUUGGUACAUAAUCAUAUCUGAUCGAAUCAAUAGAUGGAAAAUUAAAACGAGCAAAUACAAGGCCAUAAACACCUAAGGAUCAAACCUUAGCUGUGACACUAAGCAGAGAAGCAUAUGAAUUCUAUACGUAUAGUGCUAAGGAUGAAAUACAAUUUACCAAAUUAGAAGGUUGGUGGAAUUAUGUUUAUUUUGGAUAUAAAAGAUUUGGAGAUAAGGGCACAGCAAGAGGAUAUGUACAAUUUGGUGUAGACGGAGAGAUUAAGGAGGUUACUUUUGAUAUUUUACAUGAUUACAUUUUGGAAUAUGUUGAAUUCGUUGUUGGUAAAUCUUAGGCUCCAUUCUUUAAUGGUUAAAUGACCAAAAUAUAAUGCUCAAUAGGGCCUGGAGCAUUUUUGUCAAGUGCCGAUAAUCUAAGGUUAUUUACUCAAAAUACAUUGCCAGAAAAAGCUUAGAUACAUCCAGUUUCAAGAUAAACGUAACAAUUAAUUGGAACACCAGUAAAUGAGCCAUCGAACUAAUUUUAAUUUGAUAAAUUCUAAGGAUCUCUAGAAUAUGCAUUAUCUGGAUGGGUGAAAUGGAGUGGUUUAUAAAAAUUAGGUAAGGUAUAUCAUAUUAUCACAAUGGCUUAAAAGAGAUUAGCUGAUUUGGAUGGGAAAAAUGAAGAAACUCUUAAAAUUCGUAGAUCUGAUCUGUCAUAUAUUUAUUCUACAUAUAAUUGUAAAGGUGAAGACUGUUCAUAAAUAUUAAAUAAGGAAUAACAAUUUGGAGAAUAUUGGGAUUAAUGGACUUAUAUCUAUUUUGGUUAUUCAACUCCAUUAAAAAAAGCUUUCGGUUAUAUAAAAUAUACCUUUACAGAUGAAAAGUUUUUGUUAGAAGAGAUUAAUCAUUUUUAUCUAGCAGUUUUCAGUAUCAUAAUAGGAAAUGACUAAGAAAAAUUCUAAGGAUAAAUGAAAACUUGGGUAAUUAAUAUUGGAGAAGGAUCUUUUAGAGAAGGUGGAUUUGAAAGUGAUGAAAAUAUAAAAGUACAUUUUGGCUUCAUAAGUGGCACUGAUCAUAUUAAAUUGUAACAGGCAGGAUAAGAAGCUCAUCAUGAAGAAUAAGUUCUUGAAUGUACAGCUAAUGGAAAAGAAGUACCUUUGCAUGUUCAAUUUGAACAAAGUGAUAAACUACAUCUUUAAGGAGUCAGUGAAUAUGGUUAUGGAUUUUGGUCCAGAUUUUAACACUUUGCAAACAAGGGUGUUUUAUAUUAGUAACCAUAAUGGAUGGGUAUGGCUAGAUUGACAAGUUAAAAAGAUUAUAAAGAUUUUGAUUAACCAGGAGAUAGAGUUCUAUUGGUUUUGAUGGGUAAAAAUGUUUAUCAUUUCUCAACUUACAAUGUGUAACCAGCUUCAAAUAAUGUAAAUGGAAAUAUACCUUAUGCAUUGGAAUCAGAGAGUGAAUGGACUUAUAUUUAUUUUAGUUAUAAGAGAAUUUCUUAAACACUUGGACAUGCAGUAGCCUUUACUUCAUUUGGCGAAAUCACACCUGGAAUAUAAAUGGAUGUAUUACAUAAUUUACUCUAAAAUUAUUUGUAAUUAACAAUAGGACAUGCUGGCAAAUAUUAUCCAAGCUUUAAUGGACAAAUCACUACAGUGAGGUUCAAUUUAGGACCUGGAGCAUUUAUUGAAAAUACUGCAGGCAUAAUAGCUAGAAUUAAGAAUAAAGAUCCUAAGCCAGAUAUUCUAUCAAUUCCUAAAAAUUAUGAAAUAUUUGUUGGUAAAUAAGAUGCUUAAAAACUGAAAAUUGACAAUCCUAUAAUAAUUGAAUAAGAAGCUAGAGAAUACUCAGUGUAAAUAUGGUUCAGAUGGUUCAAGACACCAGUAAAACCCAACUAGGUGAUUUAUAGACUGUCUUCAAAUAGAUGUGAAAAUGAUGCCUCAAAGAUUGGUGAUAAAGUGUUAAUGUUAUCUCACAUUGGAACUGCCUUAUUCAGUACAUACACUUUGUAAGAUGCAGUAAUGAAUGUUCCCUUCGAAUGUAAUAUUCCAAAAUAAUAACUUGAAAUUUGGACAUUUGCUUAUUUUGCUUAUUCAAAGAAGGAAAGAAAAAUUCAAUAUUAUUUGAAAGCAGAUGCUCAUGAAAAUAGAGGUUUGGAACCCAUACUUCAUGCUGUAACGUCAAAGUUUUGGUUUUAUGUAGGAAGAGACGGAAUAUUGGAAAAUUUUAAUAGUAGACUAGCACAAUUAACAAUUAAUUUUGGUGAGGGUUCAUUCCGUAAAGAAAACUUUUUAUAAUUGCCAGUUUUUAUAAUGGCUUCAAAACUAUUCUCGUAAGAGAAGAAGAAUAAUUGGGAAAAUGCAGGGAAGAUAGUUCUUGGUUAGCCUUAAACUAUAAAAUUCAUCGAUGAACCAGACAAACCAAUUGAAUCAAUGUAGGAAUACAGCAUAGGAUUCUGGUGCAGGCUGUUACAAGCAUGGCCAGAAAGAUUGUAUAAAUUACCAUAGGAAAUGUAAUUAGUUAGAUUGACUUCAAACGAAUAGAUUGAAGUAGGUAAAAUUGCUAUGGGAGAUAGGAUAUUGGCUUCUCAUGUUGUUUAAGGACAUUAUUAAUUUUCUACUUAUGAUUUGAAUGAUGAUGCCCCUAAUGAACUAAGAACUAUAGCUUAUUCCAAAUUAGAGGGACAAUGGAAUUAUAUCUACAUGGGUUAUUAAAGAAUGAGUUAAUUAGCUUCAUAUUUUGUAUAUGAUGGAAAAGAUAUAUAGUAAAUUAAAAAUUAAGAUUUACUUCAUAAGCCUUUAGGAGACUUUGUAAUUUUACAUAUAGGAGGUGAACCAGAUAUUCCUGGUUUCUAAGGUUUAAUGAGUAAGAUGUCAGUAAAUUUUGGGGUUGGAUCUUUCUUUGGGUUGGUUGAAGAUGUAAAGAAAGCAAUUGAUAAUUCUUUUGCUCUUGAUUAGUAAUUGACUAUUGACUAUAUUCAUAAGUAGAAACAUGGACAAUAAGAAUUGAUUGGUAAAAUGGAAACUGUGACAGAUGAUGUCGGUGGUACAGAAUUAAGAGGGGAUACUUGGUCAUCUGUUGGUGAAUAUGCAAUCAGUGGGUGGUUCAAGAUUACUGAAGUUAAGGGAUAAAGUGCCAAUGAUUGUCAAAUUCUAUUUAGAGUUACAAAUAAUGAUAAAGAGCAUUUGAAUGACAAAAGAAUUCAAGGAGAUAGAACACUUUAUGCCUCUGUUUGCGUAGAUUCUAUAAAAUUAUCCACUUACACAAUAAAUGGAUUGAAAGAUUGGAAUGAAGCUAAGUUUUUAGAAGAAAAGAUAGAACUUGGUCAUAACAAAAAAGCAUGGAUUUAUAUAUAUAUGGGUUACAAUGAAGAUAUGUAAGAGGUUCAUGCAUUAUUACAUUUAUUCGAUAAUGAUAAACCAAUUGUAUUCAAAGGAGUCUAACACUAUGUACCACAUUACACUGGAAUAUACAUAGCCAAAGAUCCAUUCACUAAAAGAUUCUAAGGAGAUCUUUAAAAUUGGGUGGCCUAAUAUGGGUUAGGAGCUUUUGUAAGUAUUCAAAAAAGAGGUUAUGAAGAUAUAUUGCCAAAUUACAGAGCUUAAUCAACUAAUCAGAAAUACAUGUGGUUUAACAAGGAGGAAGGAGUUAUGGAAACCGAAAAGGCUAUAACUUAAGUCUUCACAACUGAAGUUGAAUCUGUUGAUGAAUAUUCUAUAGGUGUUUGGACAAGAUGGUUAAUAUCAUUUCCAACAACCCUCACUGAAAGAUAAGAAAGACAUAAUAUUUUCAGGUUUUCAUCUAAUAAAGAAGACUAAGACAAAAGUGAAUUAGGAGAUAGAGUCCUGACAGCUUUUUUAACUCUUGGAAAUUAUGAAUUUAGUACUUAUGAUGUACUCAAAACAUCAAAUUCUGUUGAUGGCAAAUUACCAUAUACAGAAUUAGAAGGUGCUUGGACUUAUGUUUAUGCAGCUUAUAAAACUGGAUAAUUCUAUGGAAUGGUUUUGUUUAGAGAAUAAUAAAAAGCUUAACACAUUGAAUUAUAAGUCUAACAUAGAGCUUUAACUGGAUAUGCUAAGUUUGUUUUGGGAGCCAAAGAGUUUGGAUUUAGAGGAUUUCAUGGAUGGUUGUUUGAUCCAAGAAUUUUCCUUGGUCAGGGAUCUUUCAUUAGUGAAAGCUAGAAGGUUGUUGACAUGGUACUCAAAUUGCAUCGCAAAUUACCAGUUCAACCUCUCGACGCUGAAGAUUUUAAAUGGCCUGUCUAAAUGAUUGAUACUACACUUCAAGAUGAUAUCAACGACAAAAAAGAUAAAUUUUAAUUUACAUUCAAUGACAAACCAGGCUUGGUAGAAUAUUCAUUUGGAUUCUGGAUGUAAAAUGCUGUCUUAACUCCUGAAUUAACUGAUGAAUAUAGAGGCCUUGUUAGAUUAUCAACUAACAAUGAAGGAUCCGAUGAAAGAUAUAUUGGUGAUAGAACUCUUGCAUUAUUUACUAAAACUGAUGAAAUUGUUGCUAGUACUUACACUCUCAAAGAUCCUACUUUUGAGCCAGUUAGCCAUGCUUUCAAACUAAUACCAUAUUAGUGGACAUUUGUCUACUUUGGUUAUAAUCCAGGAAAGGCUAGAGCUUAUAUAUUAGGAAUUAAGGGACCAACUGAAUAAAUUUUGACUGUUAAACACGCCAUUCCGAAUGCCUUCUAUUUAAAUUUAAUUAAAGAUUAGUCUCAUCCUUUGUUUUAUGUAUACAAUUUAAUCUAUAUCUUAGGGUAAAUUCUAUGGAUUUAAACUUUUGUUUGGAUAGGGUAGCUAUUUGGCAAAUCCUUAAGAAAUGAUAGAAAAAUGGCCUUAUGAUCCUAAAGUACUACCACCAGCUCCAAAAUAAGAGGAAAAAGUUCUAUCACUAAAUUCAGCGAAAAUAGAUAGAGCUUAAAAUAAAGAUCAUGAGUAAUUUCAUGAAUGA